ACGGGGCGCUGAGACCCCCGCGUCGUUGCCCAACUCGGUUCAGCGCGCCAAGCCAAGAUAUCUCCAGACAGGACAAGACUCUGAGGACCCUCCCAGCCCCUAACCCAGUGCUAUUCACCACCCCAGCUUGCCCCUAGCUCUCCCACCUGCCACUCCCUGGCCCCUCCCACCACCCGCCCUCACCCCUUGGGGCGCAGGGCAUGGUGUGAAAGGCUGAGUACUGAGGCGGGUACCAUGGGUGCUGUGCCCUAGGGCCUGGGUGGCGGGGGGUGGGUGGCCUUUGGGCGUGGGGGGCGGGCAGUGUGCCCACCCCAGUCUCUUGGCGUGCUGGAGGGCGUCCUGGAUGGAACUGAAGUGAAUGGAACAGAAGCCAAGCAAGGUGGAGUGUGGGUCAGACCCAGAGGAGAACAGUGCCAGGUCACCAGAUGGAAAGCGAAAAAGAAAGAACGGCCAAUGUUCCCUGAAAACCAGCAUGUCAGGGUAUAUCCCUAGUUACCUGGACAAAGACGAGCAGUGUGUCGUGUGUGGGGACAAGGCAACCGGUUAUCACUACCGCUGUAUCACUUGUGAGGGCUGCAAGGGCUUCUUUCGACGCACGAUCCAGAAGAAUCUCCAUCCCACCUAUUCCUGCAAAUAUGACAGCUGCUGCGUCAUUGACAAGAUCACCCGGAAUCAGUGCCAGCUGUGCCGCUUUAAGAAGUGCAUCGCUGUGGGCAUGGCCAUGGACUUGGUUUUAGAUGAUUCGAAGCGAGUGGCCAAACGCAAGCUGAUUGAGCAGAACCGGGAGCGGAGACGGAAGGAAGAGAUGAUCCGAUCGCUGCAGCAGCGACCAGAGCCCACUCCUGAAGAGUGGGAUCUGAUCCACGUUGCCACAGAGGCCCAUCGCAGCACCAACGCCCAGGGCAGCCACUGGAAGCAGAGGCGAAAAUUCCUGCCGGAUGACAUUGGCCAGUCACCCAUUGUCUCCAUGCCAGAUGGAGACAAGGUAGACCUAGAGGCCUUCAGCGAGUUUACCAAGAUCAUCACCCCGGCCAUCACCCGUGUGGUGGACUUUGCCAAAAAACUGCCCAUGUUCUCCGAGCUGCCUUGCGAAGACCAGAUCAUCCUCCUGAAAGGGUGCUGCAUGGAGAUCAUGUCCCUGCGGGCAGCUGUCCGCUAUGACCCUGAGAGCGAUACCCUGACGCUGAGUGGGGAGAUGGCGGUUAAGCGCGAACAGCUCAAGAAUGGCGGCCUGGGUGUAGUCUCUGACGCCAUCUUUGAACUGGGCAAGUCACUCUCUGCCUUUAAUCUGGAUGACACGGAAGUGGCUCUGCUGCAAGCUGUGCUGCUAAUGUCAACAGACCGCUCCGGCCUGCUGUGUGUGGACAAGAUUGAGAAGAGUCAGGAGGCGUACCUGCUGGCGUUCGAGCACUACGUCAACCACCGCAAACACAACAUUCCACACUUCUGGCCCAAGCUGCUGAUGAAGGAGAGAGAAGUGCAGAGUUCGAUUCUGUACAAGGGGGCAGCGGCAGAAGGCCGGCCGGGCGGGUCACUGGGCGUCCACCCGGAAGGACAGCAGCUUCUCGGAAUGCAUGUUGUUCAGGGUCCGCAGGUCCGGCAGCUUGAGCAGCAGCUUGGUGAAGCGGGAAGUCUCCGAGGGCCGGUUCUUCAGCACCAGAGCCCGAAGAGCCCGCAGCAGCGUCUCCUGGAGCUGCUCCACCGAAGCGGAAUUCUCCAUUCCCGAGCGGUCUGUGGGGAAGACGACAGCAGUGAGGCAGGCUCCCUGAGCUCCUCCUCCUCCUCUGACGAGGACCCGGAGGUCUGCGAGGACCUGGCAGGCAAGGCAGCCUCGCCCUGAGGCCCCUUGGAGGGUGAUGGGGGAGGAAAAGGAGGGCGC